AGAUGGGCGAUGAUGGGGCGUGGUCCUUAGGAGGUGGUGGCUAGAUGGUGCCAUGGCGGAAACCCGAAAGGAAGAGGGAGGAGAGGAGGGGCCCAGGGAGACCCCUGAAGGGAGCAAAGCGGAGCCUCCCAACCCCGCAGCCUCGGUGGCCUCCAAAAACUUGGCCUUGCUGAAGGCGCGUUCCUUUGACGUGACCUUUGACGUAGGCGAUGAGUACGAGAUCAUCGAAACCAUCGGCACAGGCGCCUAUGGGGUGGUCUCCUCCGCCCGCCGCCGCCUCACUGGCCAACAGGUGGCCAUCAAAAAGAUCCCCAAUGCCUUUGAUGUGGUGACCAAUGCCAAGCGGACCCUGCGGGAGCUGAAAAUCCUUAAGCACUUCAAGCACGACAACAUCAUCGCCAUCAAGGAUAUCCUGAAGCCUACCGUGCCCUAUGGGGAGUUUAAAUCUGUCUACGUGGUCCUGGACCUGAUGGAGAGCGACUUGCACCAGAUCAUCCACUCCUCUCAGCCGCUGACCCUGGAGCACGUGCGCUACUUCCUGUACCAGCUGCUGCGCGGCCUCAAGUACAUGCACUCGGCCCAGGUGAUCCACCGCGACCUCAAGCCCUCCAACCUGCUGGUGAACGAGAACUGCGAGCUGAAGAUCGGGGACUUCGGCAUGGCCCGGGGCCUCUGCACCGUCCCGGCGGAGCAUCAGUACUUCAUGACGGAGUACGUGGCCACCCGCUGGUACCGCGCCCCCGAGCUGAUGCUGUCGCUGCACAAGUACACCCAGGCCAUCGACCUCUGGUCCGUGGGCUGCAUCUUCGGGGAGAUGCUGGCCCGGCGCCAGCUGUUCCCGGGCAAGAACUACGUCCACCAGCUGCAGCUGAUCAUGACGGUGCUGGGGACCCCGUCCCCGGCCGUGAUCCAGGCCGUGGGCGCCGAGCGGGUGCGGGCCUACAUCCAGAGCCUGCCCCCGCGCCAGCCGGUGCCCUGGGAGUCGGUGUACCCGGGAGCCGACCGGCAGGCCCUGUCGCUCCUGGGGCGCAUGCUGCGCUUCGAGCCGGGCAGCCGGGUCUCGGCGGCCGCCGCCCUCCGCCACCCGUUCCUGGCCAAGUACCACGACCCCGACGACGAGCCGGACUGCGCGCCGCCCUUCGACUUCGCCUUCGACCGGGAGGCCCUGACCCGGGAGCGCAUCAAGGAGGCCAUCGUGGCGGAGAUCGGCGACUUCCACGCCCGGCGCGAGGGCAUCCGCCAGCAGAUCCGCUUCCAGCCCUCCCUGCGGCCCGUGGCCGGGGCCGGGGAGCAGCGCUGCCCGGAUGUGGAGAUGCCCAGCCCCCAGGGACCUGGGGGAGACUGCGCCAUGGAGUCGCCCCCGCCGCCCCCGGGGCCCGGGCCCCGGUCGGACACCAUCGACUUGACCUCGCCUCGUCCCGCCCCGCCCCCCGGGGAGCCGGCCCCCCCUAAGCGGGAGGGGGCCAUUUCCGACAACACCAAGGCUGCCCUCAAGGCCGCACUCCUCAAGUCCCUGAGGAACCGGCUUAAAGAUGGCCCCAGCGCACCUCCAGAGGCUCCUGAGCCCCGGAAGCCAGUGACGGCCCAGGAGCGGCAGCGGGAACGGGAGGAGAAGCGGCGGCGGCGGCAGGAGCGGGCCAAGGAGCGAGAAAAGCGGCAGAAGGAGCGGGAACGCAAGGAGCGAGGCGUCGGGGUGGGAACCGGGCCCCCCGGGGACCCACUGGCUGGGCUGGUGCUGAGUGAUAACGAUCGCAGCUUAUUGGAACGCUGGACCCGCAUGGCCCGGCCCCCGGCCCCAGCCGACCCCGCCUCCCAGCCCGCGGCCCUUCCCUCCGGGCCCACCUCCCAGCCCGCCGGCCCCCCCGCGGCCCCCCCUCCGCUCACCGCCUCCUCGGCCAAUCCCCCGGCCCCCGUCACUCCCCUCCCUGCCUCCCAGCCGGUGCUACCGCCCCCCGGGCCUCUGCCCGGGCUCCCGUCGGCCCCCCUGCCUUACUUUGCCCCCGGACCCCCUGCCCCGGACGCCGGGGGCCCCCAACGGGCCCCUACCUCGGAAUCGCCCGACGUCAACUCGGUGACUCAGCAGCUGUCAAAAUCGCAGGUGGAGGACCUGCUGCCUCCUGUCUUCUCCGGGACCCCGAAGGGCAGCGGGGCAGGUUACGGAGUUGGCUUCGACUUGGAGGAGUUUCUAAAUCAGUCCUUCGACAUGGGAGUGACGGAGGGGCCGCAGGAUGGGCAGGCCGACUCCGCCCCACUGUCGGCCUCCCUUCUUGCCGAUUGGCUGGAGGGUCAUGGCAUGAACCCAGCCGACAUCGAGUCCCUGCAGCAUGAGAUCCAGCUGGACUCCCCCAUGCUGCUAGCGGAUCUGCCGGAUCUACAGGAGCCGUGAGGGGCUUCGGUACCAGGAAUCCAGAAGAGAACUCGGGGCUGGAGCCGGGCAGGGCACCCAGCUUCUGGGGCGAGCGACAAGGGUGGAAGGGAAGAAUCAGUGGCCCGGGUAGCCAGCCCUGCCCUCUUGGAAGGGCACCGGGCCAGGAAGUGUUAAUUUAUUCUCCAGGUUCAUCUCAAACAUAGGCUGCAGCCUCGGGACAGAGAAGACGGAGGAUAAGGAGACAGAACAGGGACCAGUGGGGCCUUUCUCAUCUCGGGGGCUGCCACUUUCAACGCUGUACCUUUUUUUAUAGUCCCGUUCCUAGGAAAUAUAAGACUUAUCCUUGCUUCUGUCUCCAGAUGUCA